AUCAGUGGAAGGUGGAUGUGUGCAAAUCUUGUGCUGAGUGCAGUGCAGCUACAGAAAUGGUUUGCUCACUUCAGACAGCGAAAAACAAAAAGUGACAACACGCAGUCGCAGAAAAAGGCGGCGAAGAGGAAGGGUGCGUCUGACCACCCACAUGAUGCUGUAAAGGAAGAGUGCAUGAUAAUGGCCCAGGAUUCUGAUGUUCUUACAGACCUUGAUAUAAGUCUGAAGAAUAAGACUGAAGAGACAAAGACACAAUUUGAGACUAAGGAAUAUGAUCAGCUUGAUGUCCAGAUGUGUCAGACUAGAAUUGUGGAGCAGGAAAGAACACUUCUGGAUAAAGGGGAAGCAACUGAAGGACUCACUAAAGAGGCGGGUGACUUAUUGGAACAACUUGCCCAGCAUAGUGGGACUACGCAUAUUCAGGAGCUGGAGAUGGCUAUCCAGGAACGGAAUGAGAUAAUAGCUCAACUGACAAGUAACCUUCAGCAGGCAAGGCAAAAUCGGGAUGACAUUCAGAAAGAGGCAUCACUUCUAGCUGAUCAGAUUCAUGGUUUACAGCUUCAGUUACAAGAGGCUAAUGAGCUUCUGAAGAGUAGAAUUCCUGGAAAAAGUGAAUUGUCUCAAGCCCAGGAGCAGAUGACUGUAUUUCAGAACAAACUCAAGGAACAAAGUUCUCAAUUACAAAUAAUGCGUCAAAAAGCACAUGACCUGGAACUUCAAUUGGAGUCUUCUCAAAAGAAUGCCAAAGAUAAAGAAAUUCUGCUUUCACAAAUGGAAGAGAAUCUGAGUAGUACAAUGCAACAGAUGUACAACAAUAUAGGAGAAAAGGAAGAAACCAUCAAGGAUCUUCAAGAUUUAAUUACAUCAGAAAGGUCUAAUUUAUCUCUUGUACGACACACACUUUCUCUCCGGGACACAGAGAUAAGGGAGUUAAAAGACGAAAUUGGUAGAUCUAGGGUGAAAGAACAGGAACAUAUUGAAGAAUUGAAAGCAAAUCAUGAAAAUGAUAUUUGUAAACGGUUACAAGACUUGAGGACUGAGUUGGAAGACUGUUACAGAAAAGAGAUAGUAAGAGUUAAGGAGACUUGUGAAGAAGAGAUGAAUAAAAAAUACAAGAAUGAACUUCAACAUAUAAAAACAGAACUCUCUGCUUUGAAUUCUAAUAAAGAUUUUCAGAAUUUAAAUGCAAUAAUUAUUGAUUUAAACAGUAAACUGCAUGAGUCAGAAAUUAAUAGAGACAACUUGUGCAAGCAACUUAAAAAGCAAAUGGAGGAUUUUCAGAGAGAAAGAUCUGAAACUGAGCUGAAGAAUAGGGCUUUGAUAGAAGACCUCAAAUUACAGUUUACUAAUGCAGAAAAACAGGCUAAGGAAGCACAGGAAACUAAACAAGAAAAAGAGCAUUUGAAUGAUGAAAUCCAAAAGCUCAACUCCUUCAUCCAGGAAUUGAGUGAAAAGCUGCUUCUUGAGGCAAAAUACAACAAAGAUUUGAAGCAUAAGCAUGAGGAAGAAAUAACUAUCUACAAUAUAAAGUUAAAAAGGUUAGAGCAGGAGGAAAAAUUGUUACAGGAGGUGUCAGAAUCACAAAAAGCAGAGCUUGAAAAGAUGCAGAGUAAAUUAUGCCAGCAUGAAGGUGAAAUACAGUUAGUUCGUGAAGAACUAGAGUACCAACAUGGCUUGCGAGUGGACUCUCUUAAAAGUGAACUAGAAAACACACAGAAAAAUAUAAAGAUCCAAGUGAAGGAGGACCAUAAAAGUUAUGAAGCUGAUAACAUUUCUGAAGAAAAUAUGGUAGAACUUGGAUCUUUGAUUGAAGAUGUAGACAUGUUAGCUAAAUAUCUUGUCUCCACUGAGAAACAGGAACAGUCCUGCAUGUCAGACAACUCAGAACUUCUUGACACUGAAGAGGGCAGGCUUGAUAGAUUUGUGCUAAAUAGCAACAUCUUUUUAAAACCUAACUUGGACUCUACAACAGAUAAGUUGAUGUUUGGCCCUGGUGAACAAACGUGUCUUAAUAGUGUACAUCAAGGGACUUCUGAUGAAAUAGAGCUAGAAGCUGAGAUUUUUGCUUCAUGUUUGUCAGGUGGUUUCUUGCUGCGAAAGGAAAUAAGUGACAGUGAGGAGGUAAGGGAUCAAGAGAAAGCCGGUUUGAUGGAGAGAUGUGUUGAGCUAAUAAAGCAGCUCAGUGAACAUCAAUCAGCACUUAACAAAUCUUAUCAGGAGACCCAAGAAGCUCUUGAAAAAUGGGAAAAAGCAACAGCUGAACUGUCCACGACACAUUUAGAACUGAACAAGGAGCGAGAUGCACGGAUUCGUUGUGAAGAAGAACUUGAUCAAAAAGUACAGAAGGAGAAAGAGCUUGAAAAUAAAAUAAACUUUCUGGAAAAGCAGGGUGAAGACCGAGAUCUGACAGUUUGUAUUGAAGAACUAGGUCUUGGAAUACAGGCUUCAAAGUCACAUACUUGGCAGGAGAUGAUCAAAGACCUGGAGCAGGAAAGAAAAACAUUGAUGAUGCAAUUGAGGGCUCAGGAGCAAUUAGUGAAGGAAGUUCAAGAACAGAAAACUGCCUCUGAUUCAGUUACAAAUGAAGUACAGUCCCUUUUUGGACGUCAACUAGCUGCUUUACAAAGCCAAAGGGAUCAAAUGCAAGCCCAGCUUGAUGCUCAGAAGGUCAAAAGCCAGACUAUAGCUGAACUUCUUGGUCAAAAAACCGUGUUAGAAGAGGCAUUACUGAAAGAACAGAAAGCUCUCAAAGUUGAAAUCAGUAAUAAAGAAGAAAGCUUAGCACUCACACUUAAGGAGAAUAUAACCUUACAAGAAAGAUUGUGUGCAGCAGAACAGAAUCUAAUAAAAGCAGAAAAAGCUCUGGAAGAUAAUCUUGAAAGAAACAUAUAUGAUCUUAAUAUGAAAAAGAAAAACUUUGAUGAAGUGCUAGAGUGCGAAAGAUUGGAGUUUGAGGAGAAAUUGAAAUCCAGGAACUUGGAACUUCAGAAACUUAACUUUGAAAUACAGGCCAAAAAAAUGGAAUACAUCCAGAAAGAAAAUAAACUGACUGAAGAAGUUGCUUAUUUGAAGACGCUUCAGGUCGAAUUGGAGAAUCGUCUUCAGGAGACUGUGCAGAAGUCUGCACAAGCCAUGCAGGAGGUACAGUCUGAGAUGAGAUAUUAUGAAGAGGAAAUUAGCAAAAUGGCAUCACAGCAUCUUUCUGAAAUAACUAAAAUGAAUCUGGUACACCAGAAAGAGAUAGAAGAGCUGAAUGUAGAAAUAAAAGAGAAUGUGGAAAAACAGCAGAAGUUGGAGGAGGAAAGAAAAGAACAGAUAGGAUUAAUUAAAAAGGUUCACGAACGAGAACAUGAUCGUGAAAUUGCGGAACUAAUUUUUAAACAUGAAGAAGAAAUGAAGGAGCUACGGGUUGAACUAAUUAAGGAACAGCAGCAACUAUUGGAUGAACUUCAGCAACAAAUGGAACUUACAUAUAAAACAGAGAUGCAGCAUGCUCAGCUCCAGUCACAGACAGUGCACAAUCUUGAGUUGGAAGCUUUACGACUAAGUCUGACUAAUAUGCACACAUCUCAGUUGGAGUUGAUGCAGUCUAACUUGAGAAAAGAGAAAGAAACUGCCCUUGUGGAUUUACGAGAGAUGCUUAAUGAUAAGCGUGCUCAGGAAGUAGCAAUUCUGCAGAGCCGACAUCAGUUUGAGUUGGAGCAUAUUAAAGAACAAAAUCUGAAGGAAAAAGAAGAAAUUGUACUGAAACAUCAACAAGAACUAGAUGAUGAGAGGAAGAAAAUAGAAUUGGAAAUGGAAAAGAAACAUACCCAGACACUGGAGACUCUUGGAGGAGACUGGGAACUGAAAACAGAAACCUGUUUAAAAAACAUCCGUGAAGAGCUAUCAGAAAAACAUCAGACUGAAAUGGAUGAACUGCGAAAAGCUCUGAAACUGGAACUAGAAAGAGUUGAAGAGGAGCUGAACAGUCUGUCUCUUAAAAGGGAACAGGCAGAAAUGAAAUGUAACGUCUUGGAGAAUGAACACAAGAUGGCAAUUACAAAACUACGUGAACAGCUGCAGAUGGAAUAUGAGCAAUGUCUAGAAAACUUGAAAAUGAAAAGCAAGGAAAGAGAACAGGAGAUGCAGAAGGAGAUGGAGAAACUUCAGGACACAUAUGAAGAAUUCAAAACCCGAUCACAAGAAGAAGUCAAACAGCUUUGGUCUCAGCUUGAUAGUACACGAGCAAGUCGACAGGAGCUAAGUGAGUUAAAAGAACAGCUUCUGGCUCGCACAUCCCAUGUGGAUGAAAUAGAACGGUUAAAGCAAGAUUUUGAACAGCAGCGGCAGCAAAGAAGAAUUGAACAUGAAUCCGAAUUGGAACAGCUGAGAAUUUAUUUUGAAGAAAAAUUAGGGGCAGCUGAAGAAAACUACAGAGAAGAACUAACUCUGCUGCAUCAGAGGCUGCAAGAAUUAAAGGAAUACUCAUUGUUGGAGUCAGAGAUAAGUCAAGAUCAGCCUUUAGAUAUUAGCUCCUCGGUCACACUGUUAGAAGAGGCAAGUGAAAAGGAGAGAAGGGAUAUACUUGACCAACUAACUCAGCAACUGGAGCAGCACAAGGAAGAACUUACUUGUUUGCGACUGCAAUUGGAGGAGAAACACAGGUGUGAGAUAGACUCCUUAAGAUCUUCCCUUGCACUGCAAUAUAAGGAGGACCUAAUGAAGAUGAAGAUGGAUCUGUCAGACAGAUAUAUCUCAGAAAUUGAGGAAUUAAAAAAGAAACAUUGUCUAGAUCUUGAACAACUCCGUGCCAAGAUUUCAGAAGAGCACAUCAAAGAAAUUACAAAAUUGCGUCUACAAAGUGCUCAAGAUGCAGCACGCCAGGUUGAAGCAGAAGUUGCUGAAAGAGUAUGUGUGCUGGAGAACGAGCACAAAGCUAAACUCUCCGUCCUUCAGUGUGAGAGACAGCACGUUGCAGAACUGCAACUAGAAAUACAACACUUAGAGAGAGAGAUUACUAAGCUAAAAGACAUGGGCGUUCAGCAUGAAAGCCAUCUGGAAGAGGAGCUGGAAAAGAUAAAACGCGGACUUGUUGACGAUCACAAGAAAGAAUUAAAAAGAGCUAGAGAAGAGGUACAGCGAAUGGCAGAAAUGCACAAAGAGAAAGAGGAGGAAUGGAAGUGUGAAAGAGAAGCCUUGAGUAUUAAAGCUGAAGAGAAGUUAUCUCUGUUACGUAUAGAACUUGAAAACAAGGCAGAGUAUGAGAAACAAACUUUGCAAAAGGAGUUUGAACUUCGUGAAGCUGAAAUGAAUCAGCUUAAGGAUCAGCAGGCUGCCAGAAUUGUAGAAUUGGAAAAGUCCCUUAAGGAGCAGCAGAACAGUUUGCGGCAGCUAGAGGAUAGCUUAGCGAGUAUUCAAGCUACACAGAAAACUCAGGCGCAGUAUGACAGUGAACUACAAGCUGCUAAGGCACGCAUGGAAAAAGACUUGGGAAAAGCCACAUUUGAACUUCAAGAAGAAUGUGCAAUUAAACUUACGGAAGCACAGAACAAAUUUAUGGAGGAACACAAAAUUAUGACCCAGAAAUUCACCACAGAACAAGAGUAUCUACUUCAAGAGUUGAAAGGGAAGCAUGCUGAUGAGCUAGAACUCCAAAGUCGUCAACUGCAGGAGAAGCAUAAGCAACAGAUUUUAUCUCUCACAGCUGAGUUACAGACCAAGCACCAAGCUGAAAUGGAAACACUUAAGUCUGCCUUACAAAGCAAACAGCAGGCUCAGUUUGAAGCUCAUAUAGGUGACCUGCAGGCAAAGCAUCAAGCACACGUUGAUGGAAUGGAAGCCAAACACUUGUCAAAUCUGGAUUCUUUGGAGUGUUCGUACCUCUCUGAAAUUCAGAUUAUACGAGAUGAGCACAAACAAGCUGUUGAGGAUCUACAGAGGCAUUUCACAGAACAGCUGCACGAGAAGGAUAAGGCAAAUCAAACAGUUUUGACUCAUGAAAUAGAAAGGCUCAAAUUAAAACAUGCUGAAGAGCUGCAGCUUUCACAAGACGAUCUGAAAAUUGAGCUAGCUACUGUUCAUAUUGAAAAGCUUAAAGCCAUGGCUGCUGAGCUGGAAGAAGCUCAUAAGGAGGAUUUGAACAUAGCUCUUCAAAAUCAAAGAUGUAUGUUGGAAGAAGAAAAUCAUAAAGCUCUGAUGGUAUUGCGUGAAGAAGUAUUACAUAUGGAGGAACAUCAUAAAAAAGCACUUAACGACCUGCAAGAUCUCCAUAUGGCAGAAUUUCAGAAACAGAAAGAAGAAUAUUCUAGGCAGCUGCAGGAAGAGCUAGAGAAGCUAAAAGCUCAGCAUGAACAUGAACAGAAGAUGUAUGCCUCUUCUUCUGCCUCUGAAGUGGAAAAUGUGCGAACAGCUCUCCUAGCUCAGUUUGAAGAGCUGAAAUUGAAACAGCAGCUUCAAUUCCAAGAUGAGAUCGAGUUGCUCAAAUGUCAGUCUGAGGUUUUAUUGGAACAGCAGAUUACACAGCUAAAGGAGGAAUUUGAAGUUGAAAGGAAGACUGACUUGCACAGCAAGGAGCAGAUGUUGAUACAAGAGACAGAAAAGGCACAAGACUGUUUCCAAAAGGAGAGAGAGGAAUUAUCAGUACAGAUCCAGGAAAAGAUAAAUAAAAUCAUCCAGCUGGAAAAUAAAGUGGAAUCUUUAAAUCAUGAGUUGGAGGUGACUAACUCAGAGCUAGAGACCCUCCUACAGCGAAGAGACAGAGAAAACCAAGAAGGAGAGAACUUGGUAGCUAUGUUGAGAUCUGAUAUUGAACUGUCCCAGAAUGAAAGGAAAAAACUGCAGGAAUCCUAUCAGCGAGUUUUGAAAUUAUUUAUGGAAAUAGUAAAGACCACGUUAGCUGUAGAAGACCUUAUCUGUAAGAAAAUUGGUCUCUGUCUUGAUGAUGAUAGUCUGGCAUCUGGAGAUUCUAGAGAAAGUCGCAGCAUGAUGGAAGAAGUGGGAUUCAUACAACAUUUCAAAGCCAGAGAGAAGCAUGACCUAGAAAAAAGUGACCUGCUUGAUGAAACUCUCACAGAACACAACCAGGUAUCUGCAGUGACUGACGAAGGGUCUGACCUGAGUCAGCACUUAUGUGAGAGUGUUUUUGCAAGCCCAGACCUGGCAUUUGAGAAUGAAGAGAUGAUCCUGAAAAUCUGUCACCGUUUGCGCACUGCUGUGGAGAAACUUCUAGAGCUGGUUACAGAAUCGACUAAACAAUUGGAGAAAACACAUGAAAUUCACGCUCACUUUGAGGAAGAAUUCAGCCGUAGAAAUCAGGAAACUGCCCAAGUAGUUAGUCAACAGCACGAGCUAAUGGAGUGUCUAAAUGAGGAAAGUGAAGCAAAGAAUCACUUAGCACUGGAGCUUCACAAAGCAGAAGGUAUCAUUGAAGGCUAUGUAGCUGAGAAAGCAGCCUUAGAAGAAACACUGAGCCUGAAAGAAGAGUCUGAACGUCGUCUUAUUGUGGAACUAGAGACUUUACAGGAACGGUUUCAAGAGCUAACCCAGGAGCAAGCAAUACUCUGUGAGGAGCGGGCUAUGCUAAUAAGUCAAAAGAAAGUGCUGGCUGCCAAUGUAGGAGAAGCAGAAGCUGGAGUUCCUGUUGCUAAUGUAGCACAAAGGGAAGAUCCAGGUUUACUAAAAGAAGUAGAAUUUUUAGCAAAAGAGAAAUUAGAACUGCAGUGCCAGGCAGAGAAAGACCAUUCUAGCUUGCGCUCUCAAAUGAAGGUUUUGGAAGUGGAACUCGAAGAACAGAUGCAUCAAAAUCAGAUGUUGGCAAAGAAGUCAUUGGAGGUUACUGAUCUAAGGCAGCAAAUUCAAGUUCUUGAAAAACAGCUUAGAAAUCAACGUCAGUUCAUGAAUGAGCAAGCUAUAGAGCGAGAACAUGAACGUGAUGAGUUUCAGCAAGAAAUUCAGAAACUAGAAGAGCAGUUAAAACUGUCAGGAAAAUCUCAAACUUCAGGAGAACCCAGACAAUAUGGGAUCUUUGAAUUGACUCUGCAGAUAGAGUCUUUGCAAGCAGAAAUAAAAGAGAAAACGGAUGAUUAUGAUAAGCUGUUAUUAGAAAAGGAGCAGAAAUACCGAGAAGCUACAUUUCGAGAUCAAGAAAUAAAGGAGCUAGAAGAGCGGAUUAGAGAGCUGGAGCGUACCAAUACUGAGGCCUCAAAGACUGUCAGCCGUUUGGAACAAGAACUGCAAAAAAUGAAGAAAAUGGAAACUGAAUUAACACAAGAUAAAGAGGCAUUGCAACAGCAGCAAUACAAUAAUUUGAUCCAGAUCUCUGCCCUGCAGUCCAAGCUGGAUGAAACCAGGCAUAGAGUUCCUAUGGAAGGCAGUCCUGAUCAUGGACUAAAGGAACAGUUACAGGUAGAGCAGGAAGCACUCCAAAUGAAGGAAGGAGAGAUCGUAUGUUUGUUAGAACAGCUAGAACAGUUGAAAGAGAACUUGAUUAACAAAAGUGAGGAAAUCUUGCGGCUGAACGUGCAGUUAGAGAUACAUAAAAAUCUUGCGACUAGCAGUGGCCAGCUUCAAAUAGAGAAUGCUCAUUUGAAGGAGGACCUAGCAAAGCUCCGCGUGAUGCAAAGUCAGAAAUGGGGUAAUAGUGAAUCAGCAGUUUUGCAGUUCCCACAGGCUUUGCUUGAGGAAAAGAAUCAAGAAAUUGAUCAUUUAAAUGAGCAGAUUGAGAGGCUCCAGCGUGAGCUAGAUGGUGCCACAGACAAUAAGGUCAUGGAAAAUGGAAAAUCUGAAAUCGCUGAACUCAGGUUACUUGUUGAGCACCUUCGUGGUGACCAGGAACGACUGCAUAGGGAUAAAGCAGAAGAGGUAGAGCAGCUUCAUGGAGUAAUUGAGAAGCUUCAAAAGGAACUGAUACAACUUGGGCCUAUCUGUCGUGAAGUUAGUGAUAGUCAAGAAAGCCUUAACCUGCUUAAAUUGGAGGAGCAGGCAGAGAACCUUCACAGUGAACUGAAGAAAGGAUCACUAGACAUUCAGGAGCAUUCAGAUAAGAAUAAGAAUACUGUGUUGCUACCUUCCAACCUGAAGGAGAUUCAGGAAGAACUAGAACUUGUCUCUUCUGCUAGAGAAGCCCUGCAGCAGCUACUUGAAGAGAAGGAAGCUCAGUUUAAAAUGGAAAUAGAAAUUUUAGAAGAGAGCCUUCAAAGCAGCCAGGAGUCUUCAAGGCAGCAUUUUGCAGAGUUAGCAUCCCUAAGAAUACAAUAUGAUGCACUACAGGAGGAGUACAACUUUCUAAGAACACACCUCUCCCAAAGUGAUGGUGAAAUGGAGAUUAUGUCCACUCGCAUUCAAGAACUUGAAGGUACAUUGAAAGCAAGAGAAGCAACUCUUUUAGAGAGAGAUCUGAAGAUCAAGACAGUAGCAGAGCAGAGAGUAGUAGAGACAGCUGAAUUACAGCACCUAGCAGAGAAAAUUGCAAUACUUGAAGAUGAAUUGUUAAAAAAAGAUGUGUAUCAGAAAACUGAGGCUGAAAAAGUUCACACUCUUCAGUCAGAAAUCUCCAGGCUUGUUUUCAAGGUUCAAACAGUGAAUCAAAAAGAAGUGGUUUACCAGAGAGAAAUAGAUGAACUUCAAGCAAAUUCUACAAAACUGAAAGAUCAGAUCCAGGAGUAUUUGAAAGAACUCAGUGUCCUGAGCUCUGAAAGAGAUGACCUUUAUUCACAGCUGGAAUCUUUCAAAGAAAAGGAGCCAUGUAAUGAUCAAGAAGCUAAACUUCAUAAACUGGUCUUAAAACAAGAAAGAGGCAUUCAGGUUCAUACAAAAGGAAUGGAGAAAGUGGGAGAAGAAAUUGAAGCAAAUACUGAGCAGUUAUUUGCAGCUGUGGUUUCCCAAAGUGAUAAAUCGAUUCUAGUACAGUUAGAGGCUACAGACACUUCAGAACAUCACAAAGAUCUAAUUGCGAAGAUGACAUUGCAUCAGGAAGAACUGAAGUCUGAAUUAGACUGUGUGAAAAAGCAAUUGGAAUUAAGUGAAGAACAGAGGGAUAAAUUCCUGGAAGACAUACAGGAGAAGGAGGCAGCUAUAGCGGACUUGAAGACUCACAGUGGAAAUCUAAAAGCUCAGAUUAAGCAACUGCAGGACACACUCCUGAUUCAGAAAGCAGAGAUGACAGACAAACCCAGAGAGGAUCUGAAAAAGCAGUGUCAGCAAAUCUUGGCAUUUCAUCAAACUCCAGACUCAAUGAAAUGCAAGUUGAACAAUCUUUUACACAAUACAGCGCAUGCUGAAGAGACACCUCAAGACUUUGAAGGGUUAGUCAUGGAUAUGACUUCAUGGGACUCACCUGAGAUUGUGAGAAAGCAGGAGACAAGCACUGAACUUCAACCAAGUCUUCACUUAACUCCCUUCUCGGAAGUUAAUAGUGUACACAGCACAGACUUUGAAAUGAUGCCCAACAAAUCAUCUGUCAUUGAAGGAGAAACACCUGGACUUUCGGGAUAUCCAAGUCUGUAUGCUAAUACCAAUGAGGGGGCAGUGGCCAGACUAGAUUUAAAGUCUCCAGCUUUGUCUGAAAGUACCUACUCAGGUGCUGAGUAUCAAGAUAUGGAAAAAAGGAUUCUGGUUGGAGACGUUGACGACUUCACUUUAACUCCAUGCGAUUCACAAGAUGACCUAGGUUCAACAAUGUCUGGUCUGGAGGGGGCAAGUGAUGGAUAUGGCAGCCAUACCAGUUCAGAGAUGGCAGCUAAACUAAAUCAGGAGGUAGAAACAAAUGAACACAUAGAUGCUAGUUUCAUGGCUUAUCUGCAGUGCUGCGGAAUAUUUCAAGAUCCAAUGAACCCAGUGAAAGAAAUAGAAACAAUUUCACCACAAUUAAAGUCUGUGCUGAAGAUGGUAUACGAGGACAGUCGAAGAAUACUGGCUUUGUCAGAACAUCCCUUCCCUCUUAGUGAUCAAAAAAGCAUUCAGCAGUCUGUAGCAGCUGAGGGAUGGCAAAAAGAAGGACUAGCCUUGCUGGAUGCAAUACAGUCAUUGAAGGACUACCUUAGAAAAGUGGCAGAGAGAGGAGACAAGGAAUCUUCAGAUACUUGUUUUGAUUGGAGAGGAGAACUUCUUCAGGCAGUUCAGAGUGUGCUAGAGAAGGAACGGAACGUGUUUCAUAUUGACUUGCAGUCACACCUUUGCAAUCCUGGUUCUGGAGAUGAAGGAUCAUUGGUGGAAAAACUGGAGCAUAUUGUAAAACGACAAGAAGAACAGCAGAGGAUAGUUUUAGAACACCUUCUGUCUUCUGAUAGAAAGAGUUUACUUUCUGAGAUACAGGACCUUCGAGCCCAACUACGAAUGACACAUCUUCAAAACCAGGAGAAGCUACAGCAGCUACAGGAAACUCUUAUUAAUGCAGAGGAUCGUGGGAGCAAACAAGAACAUCAACUUCGGAGGAAGGUUGAAUUGUUAGACUAUAAACUUCAGCAGGGGCUAUAUCAUAAGGGAAUUGGUAACUAACAGAUAUGUGUUAAU